CGUUCCUCCCGUGCUGGACUCCAGUUCCCAGUCGGUCGUGUCCACAGGCUGCUGCGUAAAGGAAACUAUGCUCAGCGUGUUGGUGCCGGAGCCCCCGUCUACCUGGCGGCUGUGCUCGAGUACCUGACCGCUGAGAUCCUGGAGUUGGCCGGUAACGCUGCCCGUGACAACAAGAAGACCCGUAUCAUCCCCCGUCACCUGCAGCUGGCUGUCCGCAACGACGAGGAGCUCAACAAGCUGCUCGGAGGAGUCACCAUCGCUCAGGGAGGAGUGCUGCCCAACAUCCAGGCUGUUCUCCUGCCCAAGAAGACCGAGAAGGCCACAAGAAGUAGAGACUAA